GAAAAUUUGAUCAACUAACACAUAAAUGAGACGAGAAAUUGACAAAAUUUUAGAGUCCUUACGCACCGCAAACCCUAUAUAUACAGCUCAUUACCUAGCCUUAUGGUUCUUGAAGGUGCCCACAAUCUCAAAGCAUCUUCUCUUUCUCUAGAAGCUUUCUUCCCUCUGUCUUCUCUCCUUUUUCAACUCAAAUUACUUUUUUUAAUCCCUUACCUCGUACUCAAAUUCGAAGCAUGAACUCUACAAACGGUACACAAACGAUCAAAUUUCUGUAUAGUUAUGGCGGGAGAAUCGUUCCCCGUCGUUCCGACGGCAAGCUCCGUUACAUCGGUGGCUUUACCAGAGUUCUCUCCGUUGACAAGUCUAUUUCAUUUGCAGAGUUGAUGGUGAAAUUUGGAGAAUCGUGUGGAUCGUCUAUGAGUUUGAAGUGUAAAUUGCCGAGCGAGGAUUUAGAUGUUUUGGUUUCCAUUACGUGUGAUGAAGAUCUGAUGAAUGUGAUUCAGGAGUACGAUCGAGUUUCGACGUUGAUGAAUCAGGAAUUGAAGAUUAGAGCUGUACUAUUUCCACUCAAUUCGCCGGAAAAAAUCUCUUCUCCGACAUCACCUAUGUCGUGCUUCGACUUUCCGGCAUCGAAAAUGAAGCCGGAAAAAGUCAGAUGCUUUUAUUCGCCGCCGUUGUAUACGGCGGCGGCAGCUAGGUGUUGCUACACUCCAGCUUUGGGAUAUCCAGUCGGCGGAAGGAAAGAUGGUGGGAAGUUUUAUUACCCUUGCUGUGAACGUGGAAGCCCUAAACAUCUUUACUAUGUUGCUCCUCGAAAUCAUAGCCAAUAGAAGAAAUUAAGUUGAGUUAAUUAAAAAAAAAAAAAAAAAAAAAAGAGAAAUUGAGUUAUUUACCCCAUAAACAAAGUGAAGCUCCUCCUCAAAAAAAAAAAAAAAAAAAAAAUCCGAAAAAUCUCAUUUAUACAAUGACAAAUGCGGACUGAGUUUUUGGGUUAAUUGAAUUGGAUUGUACAUUAUUUGAGACUGCAGUUCAAUUCAAUUCGUGAGGUGAAUUUGACA